UUAGCCACUUCAACACCACCGCCACCACAUCACCGCCGCCGGGGAAGGUGGCGCGUGGGGAUGGGUCAGGGACUCAGUUGCAGAGAAUCCCGUGAACAUGGAUUGUUCAGUGCCAUCCAGAAUGGUGAGCUUGAGACAGUGACGGCCAUGGUUGAUGAAGAACCAAGCGUUUUAGAGCUCGCCACCGUUCGUGGGCGGCUCUCGCCACUCCAUGUCGCCGCCGCAAAUGGCCAAAUCCUGGUUCUUUCUAUGCUCUUGGAUCGGUGUCUCAAUCCGGAUGUAUUGAAUCUCCGGAAACAGACCCCAUUGAUGUUAGCCGCAAUGCACGGGAAGGUUUCCUGCGUGGAAAGGCUUAUUCAAGCAGGAGCUAAUAUUUUGACGUUUGAUUCACUCCAUGGGAGAACCUGUUUGCAUUAUGCUGCUUUCUAUGGCCAUCCAGAUUGCUUGCAAGUUAUUCUUUUCAGCUGCCUGUUCAAUUCUGUGGCCCAUUCCUGGGGAUUCACAAGGUUUGUGAACAUCAGAGAUAAAAAUGGAGCAACCCCACUGCACUUAGCAGCCCGGCAAGGAAGGCGGGAGUGUGUACGCAUUCUAUUAGAAAAUGGGGCUCUUGUUUGUGCCUCUACUGGAGGAUAUGGUUACGCAGGGAAUGCACCGCUUCAUUUGGCUGCUCGUAGGGGUUCUUUGGAUUGCGUUCGAGAGUUACUUGCUUGGGGUGCUGAUCGACUCCAAAGAGAUUCAUCUGGGAGAACACCUUACAUGGUUGCUUUGAACCACAAGCACGGAGCAUGUGCAGCAUUAUUGAACCCAUCAGCGCCAGCGCCUCUCAUCUGGCCGGCAGCUUUGAAGUUCAUCACUGAGCUUAAUCAAGAGGCAAAAGCAUUAUUAGAGAGGGCUCUAGUCGAGACAAACAAGGAAAGAGAAAAGGCUAUUUUGAAGGAGACGGCUUACUCACCUCCAUCGCCAUUGCAUUCAGAAGCAGGGGUUGGUGAUGAUAUAUCAGAGGGUAGCGAAGGUGAGUUCUGCUGCAUCUGCUUCGACCAGCAUUGCACAAUUAAGAUUCAAACUUGCGGCCACCAAAUGUGUGCCAAUUGCACCAUAGCCCUGUGCUGUCACAAGCAGCCCGAUCCAUUCACACCCAUUGCCAAGGCCCCGGUUUGCCCCUUCUGCCGGAGCAACAUUACCCAAUUAGUAAUCGCCGAGUCCAAAACCAAGAAGGAUGCUGAAUCACAACAACUCAGCCCUUCAAAGCCAAGGUUAUCGAGGAAAUGCUUCAGUGCCAGCGAAGGCGGCGGCAGCAGCAGCAUCAAGAGCAUGCCCGCCAUGGGGCCAUUUGGGAAGUUGGGUGGCCGCACUUUGGGGAAAGCUGCUGGUGGAUGCGAUGAAGGGGUCGAUAAGCCUUAAGAAUUGGCAUUAAUCCGUCUAUGUUGAUGCAAUGGGGAAUGGAAGCUGUUUUUGGUGUUGUGAACUCUUCUUGCACUUCAAAUCGAAGAUGCAAAACAAAUUUGAGGUCCUAUUCAUUAGCUGAAUGCUACUGUUGUUUUCGUUCUCUCUUUUGAUAUAAGAUUACACUUGGCAAAAUGUAUCCAAAUCAUGGACUCUUAGUGCUACUUCUAUGAAUCCGGGAAUCUUCAUAAGAAAUAUGCUACA